CUGGGUCUCGUCCCUCCCCCGCCUGACCACGGCGAGGAGGAAGCGUGGAAAAAGGAGGUAAUUAAAGCCGUCCUUAGGCCCGGAUCGGGGAAAAUCCAAGCUAAGAAGGAGCGGCGAUUAGGGAGAAUACCAAGCAUAGUCUUCGAGCAGGAGGACGGGCAUCUGGGCGGGCGGAAACGGCUGGUGUCCGUCGAUCGCAAGCAGAUCGGACGGCUGGUGAAGAAGUUCGGGCGGCCGUUCUUCGUGUCGCAGGUGUUUGACCUCGAGAUUGCCGCGGAGGGCGCGGAAGCGGCGGAAGGGGAGGCGGAAGGAUUAACGGUAGAGGGCGCUCGCAUGAGAGUGAUUCCGAAGCUGGUGCACUGGCAUGGAGGCACGGACGAGAUUCUUAACGUGACUUUUCUCAAGCUGCCCGAACGUGAAAGCGCACGAGUUAAAGUGCCCGUGCCUUUGGUUUUCGUGGGUGAGGAUGCCUGCCCAGGCAUUAAAAAAGGAGGUUGGCUCUACACCAUGCGCCGCACCCUCCCCUUCUCCUGCCCGCCCUCCGCCAUCCCCCCAUUCGUGGAGGUAGAUCUCUCAGCGUUGGAUGUGGGCCACAAGAUCACCCUUGCUGACGUGGCAAGGCAGAACGAGCAGCCCCUGCUGGCCCAGCAAGAUCUCGUUGAGAAAGCUGAUGAGUGCAAGCCAGACGAUGGGGGCGAUGUCAACCCCCCCAAUGGGCUGGAUGAUGGCUCUGGUGAUGCGGAGAAUGGGCUCCGUGGGUGCAUAUGCGAUGAUGAAAGGGAACUCCGACACUGGGAGCUGGAGGAGGGGGAAGUUGAGAAGGAGGGGCGGGGGGGUAAAGGGGUGAAGGCUCAGGUGAUGCGGAGAAUGGGCUCCGUGGGUGCAUAUGCGAUGAUGAAAGGGAACUCCGACACUGGGAGCUGGAGGGGGGAAUGGGGGGAGUGGGGGGAGAGGGAGAAGGGGGGUGAGAUGGGCAAACCACUGAUGGGCUCCGUGGGUGCAUAG